AUGAGUUCAAGUGUGUGCUACCGCUGCAAUCGGGCAGGACAUUUUGCUCGUGAUUGCCCAGAAGGUGGAUCCGGUGGUGGAGGAUAUGAGCGCCGUGGAUCCAGCAAUCAACAGAAAUGCUACAAAUGCAACCGGUUUGGCCAUUUUGCUCGUGAGUGCAAGGAGGAGCAGGACCGCUGCUACCGGUGCAAUGGUGUUGGUCACAUUGCCCGUGAUUGCCAGCAGAGUCCCAGUGAACCAUCUUGCUACAACUGCAAUAAAACUGGGCAUAUUGCACGUGAGUGCCCAGAUUCUGCUUCAUCUGGCCCCUCUUGUUACAACUGCAGUAAAACUGGGCAUAUUGCCCGUGACUGUCCUACUGGUGGCAGUAAGGCUUGUUAUAAGUGUGGGAAAACAGGUCACAUAAGCCGUGACUGUGACCAAGAUACAAACUAG